AUGGCAGACCCUUCGCAACGUCCCAAUCAGUAUUAUUCCGAACAACAACCUGUGGACAUGAAUCAUCCAGCUUAUGUAUACCAGCCACAAGAACAGUAUCUAAGCUAUCCACCGCCUCCCCCUCAGCCGCCGCGACCGCAUGAAACCACAGCACCAGGAUACGACACUCCGGGACCCCCCCUCCCACAGAGGCCCAAUGCCCAAGGAAGUUUAGAUCUUGAAGCCCAAACGACUUCUUAUCCACCGCCUCCUGUGUACAACCCGUCUUCGUACGCACCCGGUCAGCAACACCAAUUCCAACCACCGCCCCAGCGCUACAAACAAACAUUCGCCGCUGACGAUGACCCAUCCAGCCUGGUCCAUUAUAUACGCGAUCCUCAUAAACUCAUAGGAUACCUGGUCCCUUUUCCACGCCCAGUGCUUCCCAAUGUUGAUCCAGAAAGUAUUCCAGCUCGUUUUGUGAUUUACACGCCGCCCCCACCUCCAUUGCAAAAACCGGCCGAAGGAGUGAAGGAAGGCAAACUGCACAAAGUCCAGCGGAAAUGGCAAGAAGAAGUCCGUUCCGCAAAGAGCAGCACCGCCAAAACUGCCAGCUGGAAAGGUGCCAAGUCUAAAGCGACGCGCGGGAUCGAUUGGGCUAUACACAAAACCACCACCUCAAAUUUAGAUUUCUUAGGUCGUGUGUCUCCCGGUCCACAGCAAUCACAUUCCGAUGACGAGAGAGACCACCAAGACUCCGAGACACACAAGACGGUAGCGGUUGAGGAAAUGGUCCUCGUUUACCCACCCACCCUCAACCUCACUGACCAACAAAUGCGUGAGGAAUUCGUGAACACAAUGCUGCGUACAAAAUCCAAGGCGCAGAGAGAUACUAUUAUUGCGACAGGCCUCAUGCCGGUGGCUUACGGCAUCGAUAUCCUCGCUACAUUCAUCUGGCCGUUCGGCGGACUGGGCGAGAUCGACACUGUCUGGGCAUAUGCGAGCUUCCGUGGCGCAAAGACUGCAAGAUCCGUGACGAAGAGGCUGGCUAGCUCCACUCAAUCUUCGCCCAACCAUGAAGACGAAUCUAAUAAGCUGAAACUCACAUUUACACACUCCCAGCGUCUUGACGUCCUUCGCAGAUAUCUCGAUGCGGAAUGCCACAAGGCUGAUUCCAAGCUUUUCCCGCACUAUGAGCAUUCUCCCACGGAAAGUGAAGUGUUAGAGGCAAUAGGAUGGACUCCCAGUCGUGAUAUCGAGGAGAAAAAUUGGGAGGAUGAACAUUGGGAAAUCCAGGAGGUCAAGGAAGACUUGAGGACCGUAUUCAAGAAAGCAGCGAGUGAGUGGAGGAAGUGGUGCCGGCUGCUGGAGAAGAAGCAUAUUCGCGCGAGGCGCUCCUGGCAAUCGGUCCGAGGCUCUUUGCGCAUUUCUGUCUCUUUCAAGCUGGCGGGCACAACCGAUCGGAGAACCUCCUCGGGAGGCUUUCUCAAUCGCGUCUUUGGAGGCAAGAAGGAGAAGGAUACAGAUUCGGAGAGCACACCCUCUCGAAUAAGUACUGACAGCAACCACAAUGGCCCCACUUCCCCCGGUGGCAGCAUCACAGUUAAGACCAACGACUUGAGCCCCAAAUCCGAGACUCGAAAGCCCGCAGAUGAAGCCGCCGUUGCUUCGCCUACUGCCGAUUCCAAGAAGCGGAGGAGUAGCAGCGCCAAAGCCAAGGAGAUCUUUACCCAGGCCAAAAAUUCAUUAAUACAUGGCGACAAGGACGGACCGCAAACACCGAUGCAGAGACUGUCCAAGACCGAUGCCGCGCUCAGCGUGCCUCAAGGCUCUCUGAAUAACUCGGCCGGCGAGUCGCAGCCUACACCGAAUUCAUCCUUCUUAGUUGGUGUGACCGAAGACAAGAACAAGAAAUGUCGUCGUACCAUGGAAGACACUCAUUCAUAUCUUUACAACUUUCUCGGUACGCCGGCGCCGGUUCUCUCUUCCGACAGCUCAUUAUCCAAGAAAAGUUCCCGAGAAGAUCGGAACAGCCUCAGCACCAUCGCGUCCAAUCCUGCCCAACAUGUGGUGGAGACCGACAAUGGCUACUUUGCCAUUUUUGACGGGCAUGCGGGUACCUUUGCUGCCGAGUGGUGUGGGAAGAAACUGCACGUUAUCCUGGAAGAAUUGAUGCGCAAGUACCCCAACACACCCGUCCCAGAAUUGCUUGAUCAGACAUAUACCACCGCCGACAACCAAUUGGAAAGGUUGCCACUCAAAAACAGUGGGUGUACUGCGAUCACGGCAGUGCUACGUUGGGAAGACCGCGUUCCCACCAACCACUCUGCGACGGGGUCUCAGGCUAUCGCAUCCUUGGCCGCGGCCGCAGCCAAAGAAGCGGAGAAGAAUGAGAAAAACAACGAGUCAUCGAAAGACGGAAAAGACUUGACGCCUCGGUCGAAUUCAACGGCUGAAGCGGCGGCGGCAGCGAUUCAGGAAGCAAAACAAAAGGCUACGCGACAGAGGGUGCUGUACACCGCUAAUGUUGGUGACGCCCGGAUCGUCUUGUGCCGCAACGGGAAGGCGCUCCGUUUGUCGUACGAUCACAAGGGGAUGGACGAAAACGAGGGACGAAGGAUAUCGAAAGCUGGAGGGUUGAUAUUGAACAACCGGGUGAAUGGAGUGCUAGCGGUGACGCGAGCAUUGGGCGACUCAUAUCUAAAAGACUUGGUAACCGGACAUCCUUAUACCACCGAGACUGUGAUUCAACCUGACCAAGACGAGUUUUUGAUCUUGGCCUGUGAUGGAUUAUGGGAUGUCUGCUCAGAUCAGGAAGCGGUAGACUUGGUUCGCAACGUCCACGACCCUCAAGCUGCGUCCAAAAUGUUGGUGGACCAUGCGUUGGCCCGUUUCUCGACCGACAACCUGUCUGUCAUGGUGGUGCGCUUCGAUCCGCAAAAGCUUCAGCAGAACACCAAGAUGGACAUUGGAGUAGAGACGGACACAACCAAGGACAAACUUGCGAUCAGUGAGGUGGAAAUGCUCGUGGGAGAAGCACGCCGGCACUCUCUGGCCCAAGAAGGGCAAGUUUCCGACCAGGACUCGGAAGAAUUGAGGCAGAGCGUGAUCCAGGAACAGGAUGAAGAAGACCAGGAGACGGGGCCAGAGUAUACGCCAGAGGGACAGACUGAAGCUGAGAAGAUCUUGUCGGAGAAGAAGACGGAGCAGGAGAAGCCCAGUGAAGGUUGA